AUGUCACAUAUAUCUCCCUUAAUUUGGCUGUUCUGGAUUUUCCUGCGAGCUCUAGGCAUCGCAUUUGGCGUUUCGGCCGUCUACCUUGUCUGUCUAGCUGUCUAUCGUUUAUAUCUUAGUCCUCUGUCCAAAUUUCCCGGGCCACCGCUCGCCGCGCUGACGCUAUGGUACGAAUUCUAUUACGAUGUAAUCAAAGGAGGGCAAUACACGUUCAAGAUACGUGAACUGCAUUCGAAAUAUGGCCCGAUCGUGCGGAUCAAUCCAUACGAACUGCACAUUGACGACCCGGAGUACUAUGAUGAAGUCUAUACGGGUCCGACAAAGCCCCGUGACAAAUGGGCCUGGUCCGCAUCCAUGUUUGGGAAUUCGUCGUCCCAUUUUAGUAGUGUGCCGUACAAUUUGCAUCGGAUGCGACGUGCACCUUUGAAUCCUUUCUUCUCGAAGAAAGCCGUGGCUCAGCUCGAGCCUACAAUCCAGCCACUCGUCGAAAAGCUCUGUGCGCGAUUGGCGGGCUUUCAACGAACCCAGGAGCCGGUUCAACUCCGCUAUGCCUUUGCUGGAUUGACCAUGGACAUCAUCACUGAAUAUUCAUUUGCAAACUGCUACAACUGCCUUGACGAGCCGGACUUUGCCCCUGUGUGGGUGCAAGCGAUCGAUUCACUUUCAGUGCAGAGCCAUGUCAACAAGCAAUUCCCGUGGAUGCUGCCUGUCAUGAGGCUGGUACCGUUAUGGCUGGUGGAACGGAUGAACCCGCACAUCAUGCGCAUGAUCAACUUUCAAAUUAGCUUGACCCAGCAAGUUUCGCAAAUCAUGGCGGAUGAAGGCGCGGCCUCUAAGAGUCAAAGUCACCCGACCAUCUUCCACGAGCUCUAUCACACAACUGAGCUGCCUCCGGAGGAGAAGACGCUCCAGCACCUGGUGGAAGAGGGCCAGUCCGUUGUGGGAGCAGGCAUAGUGACAACCAGCCAUUACCUGAAUACGACGGCCUACCAUAUCCUCGCAAACCCGGACGUUCUCAAUAAGCUGAAGACCGAGCUGAACGAGGCCAUGCCCGACGGGAAAUUGCUCUCGUGGCAGAAACUCGAGAGGCUUCCGUAUCUCACCGCGGUGAUCUUCGAGGGCUACAGGAUCUCCUACGGAGUCUCCCACCGGCUCCAGCGCGUUUCUCCCAACGAACCUCUCAUCUACCACGACUAUGUGAUCCCGGCAGGCACACCGGUGAGUAUGACGGCGAUAUUCAUGCACGAAAACACAAAGUACUUUCCCGAGCCGAAGGUGUUCAAACCGGAACGAUGGCUGAACCCUGGCUCGCGAGACCGAUUGGAGAAAUACCUGGUAAACUUUAGCAAGGGCACCAGGGGCUGUCUGGGGCGACAUCUCGCCGAGGCCGAGAUCUACCUCACCUUGGCGGCGAUAUUUCGCCGCUUCAACUUCGAGCUCUACCAGACGACCAGAGACGACAUUGACGUCGCGCACGACUUCUUCAAUCCGCAGCCAAGGCAAGGUUCGAAGGGAACGCAGGUGCUGGUGAAGUAG